GGCAGUAACCCUUGAGCAACCCGCCACUCCGAAGCGCACGGUGAGCAAGCGGGCCAAUUGUCUGCUUCGCUUCGGCUGGCUAAAUCGCCCUUCUGCUGCCGCGGGGCGGGUCGUGGAGCCUGCCCAGGGUGUGUGCGAGCGCGUGGCUGUCUGCGCGGUAGGGAAUCUUAUCACGGUGCAGCGGCUUUCACCUAUUUCUGCAGGGGAAAAAUGGUGAAUGAGGAUGAAGAGGGGACUUCUCAGCAGGGAGGAUCUAAGCGUGCAGAACCAUCUGGGAUGCCACGUGGCAGUUGCCAGAGUGAGAUUUCCCUGGACCUUGAAGUAGCAGGAGAAGACAGCAGUGAAGCUAGCUCAGAGACAGAACAGGGAAACUCCAUGCAACUGCAGGAGAAUGAAUCUUUCCCUACCAACGGAGACGUUCCAGUGAAUGAAACUGCAGCAGUUUAUCCAAUGCAGACACAGUACAUUUGUCCUGUCUGUGGGGAAUGCUUCAGUGGGAGCUCCUGUCUUGUUGAGCAUCAGAAAGGACAUGCAGAAGAGAAACCAUACACAUGCCCUGUGUGCGGAAAAGGCUGCAGCCAGCAAAUCGACUUGGUUGAGCACAUGCGGACUCACACGGAUGAGAAGCCAUUCACUUGCCUGGAAUGUGGGAAAAACUUCCUGUUCAGUUCAGACCUGGUUUCCCACCAGAGAGUCCACACAGGAGAGAAGCCCUACAUCUGUCUGGAAUGUGGGAAAGGCUUCUCCCAGAGUUCACAACUUAUGUCUCACCGCAGAGUCCACACUGGUGAGAAGCCCUAUGAAUGCAUCAUCUGCGAGAAGAGUUUCAGGUCCAACUACGACCUGGUCAACCACCAGAGAAGCCACACUGGGGAGAAGCCCUAUAUCUGCUCCGACUGUGGGAAGAGCUUCACCCGGAGUUCUCACCUGAUCUCCCAUCAAAGAGUCCACACAGGGGAAAGGCCCUAUCCCUGCGGCAUCUGUGGGAAGCGUUUCCGUGACUGCUCGCAUCUGAUUCGGCAUCAGAGGGUCCACACCGGUGAGAAACCCUACGAAUGUUCUAUUUGUGGCAAAAGCUUCCGAGUAAACUAUGACUUAGUUACCCAUCAGAGAAACCACACAGGAGAAAAGCCAUACGAAUGCCCUGAUUGUGGGAAGGGAUUCAAGCGGAGCUCGCAUCUGAUUUGCCAUCAGAGAGUGCACACGGGAGAAAAACCCUACCCUUGUGGCAUAUGUGGGAAGAGUUUUAGUUACAGCUCAGACCUUAUUAAGCACCAGAGAAUCCACACAGGUGAGAAGCCUUAUGAAUGUCACAUCUGUGGCAAGAGCUUCCGGAUCAAUGCUGACCUGGUUACCCACCAGAGAAUCCACACAGGGGAGAAGCCCUACACGUGUCCUGAUUGUGGGAAGUGCUUUGCUCGGAGCUCGCGCCUUGUAUCCCAUCAAAGAGUCCACAUGAAGGACGGGAGCCUGGGAAUAACUGUUCCAGAAACAAAUCCCUCACCUGUACCGACAACCUGGUCACAAGCUCCCGAUAACCGCUGGGGCCAGGAGGAGGGGGUGACACCCUCCCCUAAGCAGAGCGGUGACCCUGCUGACUCUACUCACCAGCUCAGUGAUGCAGCUACAGCUACCCACUUGGGUGAAAUCAAAGUGGAGUGCCCUUGAUUCCUGAAGCAUGGUAAUCGGGAGGCAAAUGGACUGGGCCUAGUACCUAGAUAGGGAAUGCUGGCUUUCUGAGUCACAGCAGAACAGUAAUUUGAAUUGGGGAUCUGCCUGCUACAUCAGUUGGGCACUGCUUUUUGAGGAAAGUUAAAGAGGAGGCUUGGGUACGCCUUAAAUUGACCAAAUUGGAGUCCACAAGCUAUCUCUUGUAUUGUGCGUAGUAGGGCAAGCGUUAAAUGACUUGGAAGCACAGCCAAAAGGGUGUCCACUGGGCCUAUGGCAUGAAACUGCCGGCCGCAUCUAUGUCAAAAAACCAGUCUUGAGAAUUUUUUGGUUGUUGUCGCUUCCCCAAAAAGAAUCCUUGGAAAUGUAGUUGUUGUGUGGGUGCAGAGAAAUUUUGGUUAGGGUUUUCUAGAUGCUUUCCAGGGUUCUUUGUGGGGAAAUAUGCACAAAUUGGGGAGUAUGGUCAUAAGAAACAUAGCAGGACCCGAGGGGGCUGAAAAGAAUAGCUGGACCUAUACAGAUCUCUUGGGAAUCACCCGGGGUGCAAGAAAAAUCAACUGGUUGUUGCUUGUAAUAGCCCUCAAAAUAGAUACUUUCCAUUACACUUUUUUCCCUCCCCUUGGGUUAUUCCCAAGUGGUGGUUAUGCCAGUUUAUAUUGCAGUCUGUAAUAUAAAUGUGGCUCCUGCAGGCUUUCUUUGUAAGCACAGAUAUCGUUUCACGGAAGCAGCGCUUUAUUCUUUGUUGUCUUCUAGAGUUUUCACCCGAAUUUACGUGUGUUUUAAAUUGCUAUCGGUAGAUAAAAGUAUUAUAUCUGCAUAGUGUGGAGCUUUAAAGUCACUGAUAAAAAUUAUUUAAUUUAAUUUAUAGAGCAUGAUCCUUUCCUGUAUGGGUGCAGUGUCUGUGCCUGGAGAAAUUCACACAGCCUUGUUUCUUGUUUUGUUUUGUUUUUUUCCCUCCCCCAUACCCCGUUGGGUGUGCACAUACAGGGGGCAUGUGCUGCAAACCACCAAGAGGAACAGAAAGCUUUUGUCCCACCUAUUCUAUUACUCUCUUUCCUGUCCUCUUAAGGAAUAUAGACAGUGGAAUUAGCAAGGAGGGUACAACUGGCUUGGGGAAUUUGGAGACUUCCCAUUUCUUGUGGAUCUGGAAUAGGCACCUGCACAUGCUUCCACGGAUGCCUGCCAACAGACACUUGUUCCCAGCAGGAAAAUAUCAUGCCCAUUUGUUGUUUUGUGUUUUUUAAGUGCAUUUUUUUUUAAAAAAAGAAUGAAUUUCCAAGGAAUUCCAAUCCAAAAUUUUAAAAAUAUUAAAAAGCUAGCAUGAUACGGUC